CACACUAUAAAAACCCCGCCUCAGCCCAGUCUCUGCAUUGCUGCCUUCUUUUCCCGAAUCCUCAACGUUCGCCAGAAGGAGAAUCUAACAAAAUGCGUGAGUGUAUUUCUAUGCAUGUCGGCCAAGCCGGUGCCCAGAUGGGCAAUGCAUGCUGGGAGCUGUACUGCCUGGAACACGGCAUCCAGCCGGAUGGGCAGAUGCCCAGUGACAAGACGAUUGGAGGGGGAGACGACUCCUUCAACACCUUCUUCAGCGAGACCGGGGCGGGCAAACAUGUCCCCCGUGCCGUGUUCGUAGACCUGGAGCCCACCGUCAUUGAUGAGGUACGCACAGGUACCUACCGUCAGCUGUUCCACCCAGAGCAGCUCAUCACUGGCAAGGAGGACGCCGCCAACAACUACGCCCGCGGACACUACACCAUUGGCAAGGAGAUCAUCGACCUCGUACUAGACAGAACACGCAAACUGGCAGACCAGUGCACCGGGCUCCAGGGUUUCCUGAUCUUCCACAGCUUCGGCGGUGGCACUGGGUCAGGGUUCACCUCCCUGCUGAUGGAACGCCUCUCUGUCGACUACGGCAAGAAGUCCAAGCUUGAGUUCGCCGUCUACCCAGCACCCCAGGUGUCCACAGCUGUGGUGGAGCCCUACAACUCCAUCCUGACCACCCACACCACCCUGGAGCACUCCGACUGCGCCUUCAUGGUGGACAACGAGGCCAUCUACGACAUCUGCCGCAGGAACCUGGACAUUGAGCGCCCCACCUACACCAACCUCAACCGGCUCAUCGGCCAGAUCGUUUCCUCCAUCACUGCCUCCCUGCGCUUCGACGGGGCCCUGAAUGUGGACCUGACAGAGUUCCAGACCAACUUGGUGCCCUACCCCCGCAUCCACUUCCCACUGGCCACCUACGCCCCAGUAAUCUCCGCCGAGAAGGCCUACCACGAGCAGCUCUCAGUGGCUGACAUCACCAAUGCCUGCUUUGAGCCAGCCAAUCAGAUGGUGAAAUGCGACCCCCGUCACGGCAAGUACAUGGCCUGCUGCCUGCUUUACCGCGGCGACGUGGUGCCCAAAGAUGUCAACUCGGCCAUCGCCACCAUCAAGACCAAACGCACCAUCCAGUUCGUGGACUGGUGUCCCACCGGCUUCAAGGUGGGUAUCAACUACCAGCCGCCCACCGUGGUGCCCGGGGGAGACCUGGCCAAGGUCCAGAGAGCCGUGUGCAUGCUGAGCAACACCACCGCCAUCGCCGAGGCCUGGGCCCGUCUGGACCACAAGUUCGACCUGAUGUACGCCAAGCGUGCCUUCGUUCACUGGUACGUGGGGGAGGGCAUGGAGGAGGGAGAGUUCUCCGAAGCCAGAGAAGACAUGGCCGCCCUGGAGAAGGACUAUGAAGAGGUGGGCACCGACAGUGUGGGGGAGGAUGAAGAAGAGGGAGAGGAGUACUAAUGAAGAAGACAUUCCCCAGGCUCACUGACCCCUCCAUUCCAGUCCCACAGCCACUUCCGGUUAGCGGUUGCUGCAUUCAGCUGUAUUCUGAAGGGUCAAUUUUAGGAAUCAUUCCAAAGUUUUAAAGCUUAGAAUAUUCUUGCCACAUGUCAGGUUGAGUCCAUGUUUUCAAUAAAUACCGAGUUGAAAGUAA